AUGAGUGGCAUACGGCCCACCGGAUUUUUGCACCUUGGCAACUACUUUGGCGCCGUUCGCAAUUACGUGCGCAUGCAGGAUGAGUUUCAAUGCUUUUUUAUGGUUGCAGAUUUGCAUUCACUAACUACACAUCCUGACACCAAAGAUCUGAAAUCAAAUGUGCUCAGAGUGCUGGCAGAAAAUAUAGCUUGCGGUUUAGACCCGGAAAAAGCUGUUUUGUAUUGCCAAAGUCAUAUCUACGAAACCUCAGAACUGUACCUGUACCUGAAUAUGCUUGCUUACCAGGGCGAGCUGGAAAAAACAGUUACAUUUAAAGAUAAAGUGCGCCAGCAGCCUGAAAAUGUAAACGCAGGCUUGCUUACAUACCCGGUUUUGCAGGCUGCAGAUAUUCUUCUUCAUCGUGCCUCAUUAGUGCCCGUAGGUAAAGACCAGGAGCAGCACCUGGAAAUGGCGCGUAAUUUUGUAAAUCGUUUCAAUUACCGAUACGGCAAUGUUUUUCCUGAACCCGUAGCUUUUAAUUACAGCGAUCAACUCAUAAAAGUGCCCAGCCUCGACGGUACC